UAGUGGCGUAUAGGAAGCCACAGAAGUCUCUUUUCUGUAGCAGACUGUGAAGAACCCCAGGAAACUGAACACUGAGCCAUCACUUCUUUUGAGACACCUCCACCCACUUAUGAGAACAACAGCAGUCACUUGUCGCUGACCUGAGCCGUCUUGCUGAAAAGACCUUCUUCACUUUUUUACCUUCUUUCCUGGAGCUUAGCUGGCUGCAAAGAUGCCUCUGCUAGAAGCAGUCAUCUUCUCCUUCCUCUGGGCAGCUGGCCUUGGACAGUUCAGGUUGGAGCAACCUGAAAUAUCAGUUUCCAAGGAAAGAGGGAAGAGUGCUCUUAUAAGUUGUAAAAUGCUCACGGGAGACUUUAGCAAUAAAUGGAUAUUCUGGUACCAGCAGAAACCAGAUCAGAAUAUAGAAUAUAUCAUGUACGUCUACUCAGUAACAACCCCGAAUCAGCUUACUGUAGGUGGGAAGAACAAAUAUGAAGCACGUAAAAAUUCUCGCACUUCCACCUCAACCUUGAAAAUCAACUUUCUGGAGAAAGGAGAUGAGGCCACGUACUACUGUGCCUCCUGGGUGAACCCACAGUUAUGGGUGAAAAUCUUUGGUGGUGGAACAAAACUCAUCGUCACAGGUAGUGAUAAAAGACUUGAUGGAGACUUUUCUCCCAAGCCCACUGUCUUUCUUCCUUCGGUUGCCGAAAUAGAGCACCAUAAAGCCGGGACAUAUCUCUGUCUCCUUGAGAAUUUUUUCCCAGAUGUUAUUAGGGUAGACUGGAAAGAAAAGAAUGACAACCAGAUCCUAGAAUCUCAGCAGGGAAAUACCCUAAGGACUGAUAAGACGUACAUGAAAUUCAGCUGGUUGACCGUGACUGAAAAUUCCAUGGAUAAAGAAUACAAGUGUGUCAUCAAACAUGAGUUCAAUGAAAGAGGAAUUGACCAAGAGAUUCUCUUCCCUUCAGUGAACAAAGCCAAAGAGUAUUUAUCAAACACCUUCUACAAGAAAAGCAGAGUGAGAAGAGAAGCAACUAAACAAGGACAGCAAAAUAUUCUUGAGUACACCACUCAGUUUGAUGAAAGUGAACAGGAGAAACAAAUGGAAGAACCUGUCUUAGACACAAUGGGGCAACAACUCAGCAGCACCUCCGCCUACUACGCCUACCUCCUUCUCCUUCUCAAGAGCACCAUCUACUUCGCCAUCACUGCCUUCAGUCUGAUUCGAACUACAUACACUGGCCCUGCUUUUAACCUAAACACUAAUCUCCAGACUCUAGACAUCUACAGUAUCAGAAUCAUGAUCAGUUACUGUUGUCAUAGCUGUGAGAUCACAUCUGGACUUUUCUCCACCUGGGCUGCACUCAGAGUCAUGCUGGGGCUCCUUGCUCUCCUGUGGGCCCUCCAGCUGCCCGGCAGCCAGGCAGCCAUCACCCUGGAGCAGCCUCUUGCGGUGCUGGGGCGCAGGGGCAGCUCUGCCAUCCUGCCCUGCACGGUCCACACCAAGGUCAGCUACAUCCACUGGUACCGCCACCAGGAGGGCAGAGCCCCCGAGAGACUCCUCGUAAUGGCCAUGCUCAAGUCAGAUGUGCGGUGGGAUUCUGUCCUGAAAGCAGAUAAAGUCACAGCGAUGGAGAGCAAGGAUGGCUCCAGCUGUACCUUGUCAGUGCUGAGGCUGGAGAAAAAUGAUGAGGGCAGGUACUACUGUGCCGCCUGGUAUCAGCACAGCCCUGCACACCCCACUGGCUCAGGUGCAAAAAAGAGCAAAUUGCCAAUACAUAAAAGUUUGAUUCCUAGUCCUGAUGUGACACUUAGAAGAAUACUGAGAUUUUGUAGAAGUAGAAGCCAGUGUGACAGCUCAGACUGGAUCAAGAUAUUCUCAGCAGGGACUAAGCUGAUAGUGAUGCCCUCUGAUAGAGGACUUGAUGGAGACUUUUCCCCCAAGCCCACUGUAUUUCUUCCUUCAAUUCAUGAACUAAACCAACAUAAGGCUGGAACAUAUCUUUGCCUUCUUGAGAAAUUCUUCCCAGAUGUUAUCAAAGUAGAUUGGAAAGAAAAGAACAGCAACAAGAUCCUGACAUCCCAACAGGGAAAUACCGUGAAGACUGGCGACUCAUACAUGAAAUUCAGCUGGCUGACGGCGACUGAAAAGUCAGGGUAUCAAGAACACAAGUGUGUUGUCAGGCACGAGUUUAAUGAAGGAAAAGCUGAUCAAGAGAUUCUUUUCCCUUCGAUAAAGAAAGUCAAGGAGUAUUUUUCAAACAUCGCCCAUGUGAAGCGUGUGAGAGGACCACACACUGGUCCUGAGUACACCACUCCAGUUGUUGAAUUUGAACAAGUGGAGCAAACUGAAGGACUCCAGGACCCAAUGCAGCUGCAAACCAGCACCACCACUGCCUACUACACCUACCUACUGCUCCUCCUCAAGACCUCCAUCUACUUUGCCAUCGGCAUCUUCUGUCUGUUGAGGACGACAGCAGUUGGUGGCAAUGGGAAGCAUUCAUAGCAAAUAGUCGCACAAUGGGGUGAACUCAUCUUUACUUCCUAAAAGUGUUUUUUGGGGAUCUAACUGAGCUUUCUGUUUUGUUGUGUGUUUUUUUUUUGCAUUAUUUCAGAUCAAGCAUGUGUAUUUUAAUGAUGUCAAUAUUGCAUAUAGAUUUUCAAACCACAAGCAAAAUGGAAAAACUUACUGUGCAGCCAAAAAGGAAUUCUUCAACUCCAUAAUUCUUAAAGAAUCAUCGCCAUAACUUCCUCCAGCCAACCCAAUUCAUUAAUCGUGUCUUCUGAGUAUAGAUAGACAGGUGGGAGUUUCUAGUCACAUCCCUUAGUGCUCUUGGGAGCAGUUAUUUUCCUUGAAAGUUGUCAUAGUACAUUUACUUUGUAGUAGCCAUCCUUGCUAUUUGAAUUCUUUAUUUUUUUUUUCAAAAUAGACACAGCAAAUAAAGAGCAAAAGUUUACU